AUGCUCUUCGCGACCACCCUCCUCACGAUCCGGACGCCGCUGCGAGCUCCACCCGACGCUGCGCCGUCGUGGGAGGCGCUGGCCGCAAAGCUCGACACGGCCUCGACGGACGACGAGCGCGCCUUCCGGCAGGACCUUGAGUCCGGCCGUGCCGCACGCGCCUGCUCGCUCGCGUCGCAGCGGCUGUUUGACCUUCCGGACGGCGAGGCGCCGAGGCUGACGCUCUUCCGCGACACCGCUGCGUGGUGUCCGUACUGCGAGAAGGUGUGGCUCGUGCUGGAGGAGAAGCGGGUGCCGUAUGAGGUGAAGAAGGUCAACAUGAACUGCUACGGUGACAAGCCGGCCUGGUUCCGCUGGCUCACCUCCUCCGCGUCCGAGGGCGCACAGAGGGCCAACUUCGAGGCGCUCCUCCGCCGCGUGGACGGCGAGCUCGCCGCAAGCGGCGGACCGUACUUCCUCGGCGCGGAUCUCUCGCUAGUCGACUGCAUGUUUGCGCCCUUUCUGGAGCGGAUGGCCGCGUCGCUCCCCUACUACAAGGCGCUGACGCUGCGGCGCAAUGACGGCUGGCCCCGCCUCGAGCAGUGGUUCCUCGCGAUGGAGUCGUGCGCCUCCUCGAGCGGCAGGCGCCUUAAGGCUAUCGGGCGCUGCCAGUCGGUGCCGGAGGCGGAGGACUUCGCCGCGGAAAUCGACGGCUCGGACGGGAGCUGGUCGCUGCCGCUGCCGGAAGACGACGGCUCGCUGCUGCAGCCGCUGCAGGGGCUCGGCGCCGGCGCCGACGCGGCGCGGAGCGAGUAG